AUUGAUAUGAUUUGUAAAUGGAUUUUCUUAUCUAAUUAUCAAAAUGGUUAAAAUUAAACUUAUUUGCCCCAAACAAUAAGUUCAAAGGGAUAUUGCAGCCUUUGUCCUGCUUUAAAUUAUUUAGAUAAAUUAAUCACCUCACCCUGUUAUCUUUAAUCCUUUUACUUUAUUGAUGAUACGAAGCAUGUGAACAAUUUUAUGACACAAAUUGAAAAUUAAGUACUAUAACGGGAAAUACACCUAAAUGUAGGGACUGCGAAUGAAAUUUAAGGUAACAGGAUGAAUCAUAAAGAAAGUCUAAUUCCUAAUUUUGGCUUAUCGCUUGUUAGUAGAGUCCUAAUAAAACUGGAAUUUGAGUUCCUCAUAAACUCUACAAAUUCAACUACAAAUAGCAGCAGUUGAGUUUUGGAUUAUUUCUUUGUCAAAGAAGGAAAAAAAAAAAAAAAAAAAGAGAAGAAGAAGAAGAUCUUAUCUUUCUUUCUAGACAUGUCAAUUCCUGUAGAACUGGUCGUGGAGAUACUUGCAAAGCUACCCGUCAAGUCCUUGAUGAGAUUCAAAAGUGUCAGUAAAUCAUUGCACUCCAUAAUCACCGACUCAGAAUUUGUCAAACUGCACUCCGGACCAGGUAGAUUGUUAUUGGUUACUUCUGCUUCUAAAUUUCAAUCCAUAACAUGUGAAGUGCUUUGGGGAAACAGCAGUGGCAAUCAUAUAAUACAGAAUCUCGAUCAUCCUUGGGAUGGAGAUUUGGAAUAUUAUCAUGAUUUCUACGUUCAUGGUUCAUGCAAUGGUCUGAUAUGUUUAGAUAUACAUGAACGGCUUAAUUUCUAUGGUCUAUGCAAUCGUAGAGAUCUUUAUUUAUGGAACCCAACAACAAAUGAUUUCAAGGCGCUGCCUACAACAUCCGAUAUUUCUAUCAUGUUUAAUAAUGUUGGUUUUGGUUAUGAUAACUCCAUUGAUGAUUACAAGGUGGUAGUAAUAGACCGUAGCACAUGUGAGCUUAAAAGAACUAGAUAUAUUAUGAUUUUCACUCUGAAAACAAAUUCCUGGAGAAGGAAAGAGAUUCAGGAUGUUAAGUGUAGCCGUAUCCAGUCUGGAAAAGGGAUCCUGUGCAAUGGGGCUCUUCACUGGACAAGUCAUUCUGAAACUCAUGGGGACAUUGUUUUGGCCUUUAAUUUGGCAAUGGAGGAAAUUGCAGAGCUGCCGCAACCAGAUACAAACAGUCGAUUAGAUGAUAUAGCUGCCUCUGACGGAAAGAUUUGUCUGUUCUAUCUUCUCCCGAGGGAAUGGAGAGUUGAAAUCUGGAUAAUGAAGGAGUAUGGUGUGAAGGCCUCUUACACUAAAUUGACGACUGAAACAAGAGAUGUAACAUUUGGACCACUUCGCUCCUUAAGUGAGAAUGGUGGAGCAGCAGCUAUCUCAUCUGGAGGAAAAUUAAUGAAGUACAGUCUUGAGAAAGCUAUUUUGUAUGAUUCAUUGUACUAUGAAAUUAUUACUUACAAUGAAAGUUUAGUUCCAUUGAAUCCCAUUGAUCAAGUGGGAUGAGGAUCAUGAUAUUUACUCUUUUCUUUUCUUUCUUUUUGUUGUAUUAACUUCCAAAAAAUUAGUCAAUUUUAUUUUGCUAUAUAUAGAGUCAAUUUUAUUUCAAUUUCCUGAAAUGGUGAAUAUAACAAUUCAAGCCUUCAGUUAUAGCUGCAUCAGCUAUACUUGUCGCUUGCACUCUUGGCCCUCGUUUAGAAUACAAGGGACAAUUUCACAGGCGAAGAUUUCAAAUCGGUAGAAUAAACUUACAAGCAAUCAUACAAUUCCUGUUCUUCACUUUUACUUGCAUAGUCAGUCAAAGGUUUGAAUACUGGUUGUAUUGAUGAUGACUGAGAUUUUCUCAGAAGAAAAGCUGCUGAAGCACCAUCUUCAACUGGGAUAGACGAGGUUUCCAUACACAGACCCAGAAAGGUUGUGAUACCUGAGAUAGAAGAAAAGAACCCUUUGAAUUUUGAACUGAAUUGGAUGAGUGAUGAGAUUUUCAGGACCUGACAAUAGAUCCAUCUCUAUUUCCACCUGAAGAUGAAGAUUGAUGUAAAAGGACAGAAUGAAGGUU